AUGAUUCGCCGCGAAUCAUUGAUGAUUGAUAUAGUUGCAUAUUUACAUCGUACAAGUGUUGAACAAAUUCAAAAAGAUUUAUAUGGUGAUCGUAAAGAAUUUAAAAAAAGAUUUGGAACAAAAUCAGUCUUAAAAUUUGAAAACGAAGUAAAAAGAUGUAUGAAAGAAAUCGAAGAUGGUAUUCAUCCUACAUUAGCGAGUGUUGCGCAUAAUGUUCCAUUUAUAUUGAUACAUAAAUUAGAAAACAAUAAAUAUGAGAAGCAACUGAUAACUGAUUUUUUCCAUGAUAUCAAUAAACUAAAUGAAAAUGAAAAAAUAAAAGACAAUAACGAUAUUAAUUUUGUAAUCAUGUCGCGUGUUUCAGUAAAAUCUGAAUUUAAGUUAAUGUUUCUUGUUAUUUUUUUUUUAUAG